GACACAGACCCAAUGCAAAGCGCAGAAAUUUCAAGCUACCAUUCCCUCUCUUCGGCUUCGUUUUCCACAACUCACCAAUCAAUCAAUUAGAGAGAGAGAGAGAGAGAGAGAGAGAGAGAGCGUGUCAUGAUGAUGCCUUGCAGAACAAGAAGAAGAAUCUUCAUCUUCAUCUCAGCCUGGUUGCUUCUGUUACUGUCUAGUGUUGGCGCCAACCACGGCGUCUUCAACGUCAAGUGCAAAUACGCCGGUCAGGACCACUCCCUUUCCGUUCUCAAGGCUCACGACUAUCGCCGCCAGCUCUCCCUCCUCGCCGGCGUCGAUCUUCCCUUGGGCGGCAGCGGCCGCCCCGACGCCGUCGGGCUUUAUUAUGCUAAAAUUGGGAUUGGAACUCCUCCGAAGAAUUAUUAUUUGCAGGUUGAUACUGGCAGUGAUAUCAUGUGGGUUAAUUGCAUUCAGUGCAUGGAAUGCCCCACCAGAAGUAACCUUGGUAUGGACCUUACACUCUAUGACAUUAAGGAGUCAUCCUCUGGUAAAUUAGUUCCCUGUGAUCAAGAGUUUUGCAAAGAGAUUAAUGGGGGUCUUCUGUCUGGAUGCACUGCUAACAUUUCCUGUCCAUAUCUGGAGAUAUAUGGUGAUGGGAGCUCGACUGCUGGUUACUUUGUAAAGGAUAUUGUACUUUAUGAUCAAGUAUCUGGGGACCUUAAAACUGAUUCCGCUAAUGGAAGUAUUAUAUUUGGGUGUGGUGCUAGACAAUCUGGAGACCUAAGUUCCUCAAAUGAAGAAGCACUUGAUGGGAUACUUGGAUUUGGAAAAGCUAAUUCUUCAAUGAUUUCACAACUUGCUGCUUCUGGCAAAGUGAAAAAGAUGUUUGCUCAUUGCUUAAACGGAGUAAACGGAGGUGGUAUAUUUGCUAUUGGACAUGUUGUGCAACCUAGAGUGAACAUGACUCCAUUAUUACCGGACCAGCCACAUUACAAUGUCAACAUGACAGCGGUUCAAGUUGGCCAUACUUUCCUUAGUCUAUCAACAGAUGUGUUAGCGCAAGGGGAAAGAAAAGGGACAAUAAUUGACAGUGGUACAACCUUGGCCUAUUUACCCGAAUCAAUUUAUGAGCCACUAGUUUACAAGAUAAUUUCUCAGCAACCAGACCUAAAAGUUCAGACUCUCCAUGAUGAGUAUACAUGCUUUCAAUAUCCUGAGAGUGUUGAUGAUGGAUUUCCAGCUGUCACAUUUUAUUUUGCAAAUGGACUCUCAUUGAAGGUUUAUCCACAUGAUUAUUUGUUUCCCUCUGGAGAUUUCUGGUGUAUUGGUUGGCAAAAUAGUGGGACACAGUCAAGAGAUAGCAAAAAUAUGACCUUAUUGGGAGAUUUAGUGCUUUCAAAUAAACUUGUCUUUUAUGACCUUGAAAAUCAGGCUAUUGGAUGGACUGAGUACAACUGUUCUUCAAGCAUUAAAGUGCGGGAUGAGCGGACGGGAACGGUCCAUUUAGUUGGUUUCCACACUAUUUCUUCUGCUUGCGUUUUAAACAUCAACCGGGUGAUUAUCUCGUUUCUAAUUGCACAACUUCACAAAUUGUUUUAUUGAGAUGGAGCAACUAAUACAUAUACCCCAGUCAAAGUUAUGGUUAAAGGAAUUACAAAUAGAAAGAGCAUAAAAAAUGCUAUAUGAGAAAUUGACUCUUCAGGAACUUCCAUGAUAUCUAAAUAUGAUUUCAAGGAAAGCUAGGAAGCUGACCAUUGGGAACCUUCGCUGUGGGUAAAAUUUUUCUCCCCAUGGUGAAUCUGUAAAUUAUAAAAGCUUACCGCCAACUGUAUAUGUUAUUAGACUUUGGUUUUUGACUUAGCUUGGGUCUCUGCCAAAUGUAUAAUUAAUAAUCUACAAGUUAGUCAUGGAAUUCAAGUUAUAGUUGCGACUAUUUGACACAAGUUAUUUUAGCAUUUCCGUGCUGGUUCCCUUUGUUCGACCUAUUUAGCAAGGUGCAGAAUGAAUGUUUUAUUAAUAAUUAACAUCAGCUUUUUAG